GAGCUCUUAAUCCUAAUACCCCCGAAAGAUCCCCGCUCUAUGCCCCCUGAUCUGCCCCGCUCUCAAGACCUCCACUUCCCAAGCACUAAAUGACGGCAUGCCACGAUUCCGCCUCUUCACCAUCGAUCUCUGUCCACCAUGCCCCCGCGAGUCAACCUUCGCUCGAGCGCUGUCAAACGCAUCAUGCAGGAGGCAGCCGAGACCUCGGACCCGGACACGGACGGCUUCAUUGCGACGCCGUUAGAGUCGGACAUCUUCGAAUGGCACUGCACUCUCCGCGGCGUUCGGGGCACCGAGUAUGAAGGUGGUCUGUAUCACCUGCGAAUUCUCCUCCCUGCCAGCUAUCCUAUGAGUGCACCGGAUAUCGUCUUGCUCACUCCCAACGGGAGGUUCGAGCUCGGCAAGAAGAUCUGCAUCGACGGCCUAACUAGCUUCCACGCUGGGUCGUGGCAGCCCGCUUGGGGUGUACGGACAGCGAUUACAGGCUUGCGCGCGUUCUGGACGCAGGAAGGCGAGGCGCUAAGUGCAAUUGGUGCGCUGGAUGUGCCGAAGGAAGAGCGGCGACGGCUAGCUAAGCUAUCGCGGGACUGGACAUGCCCGACAUGUGGAGAGAGCAAUGCUAGUCUCCUUCCUGAUCCGCCAGAGGGCAUCGGCUCCGGUCCCAGCUCAUCAGGACGGGUGUUGGGGAAGCCUGACUCGGAACUUGGGACGGGCGGCGAAGAGAAUGACUCGUUACCCCGCACAUCCUCACCCAUGCCGGACGUCCGUCUCACCGCCAACGGGCCUGCCAACGCCGAUACUUCACCCAUCAUCCCGCCCGACGCGGUCAUUCCAGAUGUUCCGGAGCACCACACCCAUACCCCGGCGCGACAGGACACUGACCCGUCACAGGCCGUCCUGGGCCAAUCCUCAGUCGGAUCUACGGUGACACAGCCGCCUCUCGCCCAUGUGAAUGUGACCGCCGCGUCAUCAGUCUCGGGAGCAGCAGCAGUGGCGCCUGCAACCGGCGAUUCGCCCCGUCCUCUCACCCCAGACCAUCUCCUUCACGUUCCCUCCACCAAUCCCCACACUCCCUCCCCGGCUCCUCCAGCGAUCACGACCUCCUCUUCCAUGCGACUUGGCCCCGUACCCCUCGAGCCGACCCGCACGAUACCUCAAGGCCUCCGUCGCCGGGGUGACACCCCUCCUCCCCCAGCCGCCGCUGGGGCUCGGCCACCGCCUCCCGGUCCAGCGGUGACUGGACGCCCUCCUCCUCCUGCGCCCGCCGCGCGUCCAAUCCCACCAGCACAGGGAGCUAGUGGCCACGGCAUCCCGGCUCGCUUCACGGCCCCGCCGGCUCAGCCGCAGCGACGCGCCCCGCUCUGGCUCGAUGCGCUCAUCGCUGUGCUUGUCCUGUUCCUUCUGUACCUCCUUACUGGGAGGGCGUAGAUUGACAUCCAAAAUUGGGACGGAUCAUGACUUGCUUUGACUGUUGUACCUUGUAACCAUUUGAUUUUACUCUAUGAGAUUUUACUCCAUGACAAUCCGAGUGAUCGC